GUUGUGGACCAGAGGAGUUGAGGGCGCCAAAUAGGAAGCGCUGCGGAUCUGAGCACCGACGAGCCGCAUCGACGGCCGCUCCUGCCCCCAUCUCCCCGCCGUCCCAUGACUCCCAGAGCCCGUCCGCAGCCCUCUCGGCCGGACUGAACGCGCCUGGAUCCGGAUUGAAGUGACAUCAUGGAGGCAGACGGCGUGAGCGUCUGGCCCCGCAUGGAGCCCUUCCUGCUGGGCGCCCUGCAGGUGGCUCCUUCCUCCAAGCUCAGCCUGCACUACCUGCGGAAGAUGGCGGCGUACGUGCGGACGCGGGACGGCUGCUUCCCCGUGCUGGGCUGGCCCAUGUGGAGACACAUCUCGUGUGGGAAGCUGCAGCUGCCGGAGGAGCUGGCCUGGCUGUACUUCGAGACGUUCGACCUGCUGCUGGGCCUCAGCCCGGAGGAGCGGCUGGAGCGGGCCGAGAGUCUGUCUCAGUGCUCCACCAAGAGCGAGCUGGACGAGCAGCGCAGCAAGCUGUCUGUAGACACGCUGCAGUUCCUCCUCUUCCUCUACAUCCAGCAGCUGAACCGCCUGUCUCUGCGCACCUCUCUGAUCGGUGAAGAGUGGCCCAGCCAUCGCACUCGCUCGCCGUCUUCAUCAGAGCGAGAGGCCAAGACCGGCUGCCAGAGCAAGAACUGGAACGAUCAGGCUCACCUGUCGUUUGUGCAGAGCCACCUGGCAGAGGUUCUGGAGCUGCUGGUGGAGCCGGGCCAGCUGUCUCAGUCCGGACAAGCACCGAGAGACUGUCAGGUCUCCCUGGAGGCGGUGCGGAGUCUGGGGCUGCUCCUGGAGGGCUGCUCCGGCGCUGGCGAGCCGGUCCAGCCGGUGCACCGGCUGCUGACCCGAGCCCCGCUGGCGGCCCAGUCCGGCUUCUCGCCGCUGAGCCGCUGCUUCCCGCUGCACCGGCUGCUGUCCUGCCUGCGGCGCCGCCUGACCCUCAACCCCUUCGGCAUCACCGCCUGCCUGCGCUCGGGGAAGAAGCUGGCCUGGGCCCAGCAAGUCGAAGGGUCCAUGAAACGAGCCAAGAUCGCCAGGAACGUCCACACGGCGCCGCCCGGCAGCAGGAUGGUGCUGAUGUCCCAGGUGCUGAACCAGACUCUGGCCAAAACCUCGGACAAGCUGACCGGCGCCAACGUCAAGGUCCACAAGUGCUCCGACGCCUUCAUCUACCUGCUGUCGCCUCUCAGGUCGGUCAGCGUGGAUAAAUGCCGGGACAGCACGGUGGUCCUGGGCCCGGUCCAGACCAGCGUCCACGUCCACGGCUGCCACAACGUGCGCGUGGUGUGCGUGGCGGGCCGGGUGGCAGUCGGCGCCUCGUCGCGCUGCACCGUGCACGCCCUGACCCCCACCCGGCCGCUGCUCCUGCCGGGGAACUCGGACGUCACGCUGGGGCCGUUCCACACCUUCUACCCGUCCCUGGAGGACCACAUGGCCAGCGUGGGUCUAGCCGUGGUCCCCAACGCCUGGGACCGGCCGCUGCUGCUGGGCGCCGACGGCCCGGCCGCCGCCGCCUGCUGGCGCCUGCUGCCGCCGGCCGACUUCCACAUGCUGGUGGUGCCGUUCCAGAUGGAGGGGGACACCUGCGAGGUGCCGGGCGGGCUGCCCGGGCCCUACCGGGAGGCGCUGGAGCAGAAGAGGAGGAGGAUCCGGAGCUGGCAGCGGACGGUGACGGAGGCCCGGCUCAGCAGGGAGCAGAAGCAGCAGUUCCAGGACUUGGUGGAGAUGAAGUUCCAGGAGUGGCUUCUGGAGACGGGACACAGGCAGGAGCUGUGCAGCCUGAUCCCGACCAAGGCGUCGUCCCUGAAGGACCCUCCGGACCCGGAUGUGGGGGACGCCGCCCGGGUGAGAGACGGGAAGCAGCGGCCGGACCGUCCCCGGUGGCUGUCCGAGCUGCAGGGCCAGCAGGGGGCCUUGUAGCGUGGCCUCCUCAGGUACGCCCGGCGGCGGGUUUGAUCCCGGCGUGUCGUCAGGCCGCAUUGCUCAGUGGGGAGCGGGCUGUGCUCAGACCGGCGGAGCGAGUGUGAAGACAUCACCGGCCUCUGAAGACACACACACUCCUGGACGCCUGAGGGGACGCCUGAGGGGACGCCUGAGGGGACGCCUGAGGGGACGCCUGAGGGGACGCCUGAGGGGACGCCUGAGGGGACGCCUGAGGGGACGCCUGAGGGGACGCCUGAGGGGACGCGGAGACGCCUGGAGGCGUUUUGGUUGCUGGUCUGGAGUGACGGACUGAAGCACAGGAUCAGUAACGGGAUUUUUAUUCCAGAUGUUUGGCAGCUGCUCUCUCAAACCUGCUGGAGGACAGCGGCCUGAUGGCGUCUGGAGCAGGAGGGACGGGGAGGACACUGGGAGGACACAGGGAGGACACUGGGACUGCAGGACGGCUCUCAAGUUUUGUCUUCAGACGCCUUUCGGGUUUUCCUGGAAUUUAAACUUCACCGCUGUCGAUAUGGAAGUUGAGCCACACACACAGACACACACCUGAUGAACUGAGAGACGCCGCUGUGGCUGAAGACGGACCGCUGAUUGACCUUUUGACCUCCAGUGUGACCGGCCCUCCCUCCUGAACCCGGUACCGUCGCUCCGUUUGUCGUCCAGGUGUGAAAAUCACCGAUUCCAGGAAUGUUGAUGCACUUAGUUCCGAGCUCAGGUCACGAUACUGUUUUAAUCCCAUCAAGUGUUUAAUGAGGAAUAAAUAUGUUUGUAUUAUAGGUCUGCACUCUCUAAUCUGUAUAUUUUAGCACUGCAGAGAUUAUUUUCACUAGUUUCACUGAACAUUCGGACCUCCGUGUUCCUGCAGAGCUGCUGGAGAAACGCCAUCGCACAGUUCAUAUGAGAAGAGCACAGUCUGGUUUCUCAUGGUUAAAA